AUGGGGUCGGCAUUAAGCUCUCAGAACGUUGUAACGAGUGGGGCUAACACUCAGAAUGACAACAAUAAUGGUAAUGAAAAUGCGAGGGUACCAUUUUUUCAAAAAUUAGUAUCAAUAAUUAUUCAAAUGCUAAUAAUGCAUUUAGUGAUGUAUUUUAUAUCAGGAGGGAAAAAUAAAAUGGUACCUAAAAAUGGUAAUAUAGAUGGGAAUAAGUUAUUUUUAAAGAAUAGUUUUGAAAAUGGGGAUAUAUUUGAUGUAUAUAUAUUUUUAAGUAACAACCAUUCAGUGAAUUUUGAUUACAUAAAAAAUAAUAGCAAGUUAAUACAAAUAAGAGAAAAGGAAUUAUAUAUAUAUAGAAAAUUUAGUAAUUAUGAAAAAUUUGAUUAUUCAUUUUAUCUAAAUGAUUCAUGGAAGAACGAAAAAUAUAUAUCUGUUGCUGUAAUUCCUCUUCAUUUUUACAAAAAACGUGAUAUGUCUUGUUUACUAAAUAGUAGUAUAAAAAAAGAAUUUAAGAAUCAAAUUUUAGUUGACAAUAUACCAAUAACAGUUAAGAUGCUUCCAUAUGAGUUAGAGGAAGAGGAAAAAUAUAGUUUAAUGGGUGAAGACUACAAGAACAUGAAAAAGAAACAAAAGAAAAAAGAGAAAAAAGAAGAGUUCUAUCAUAUAAAGAAAAGAAUUGACAUCAAUAUUGUACAUGAUUUGUCCCAACAUAGAAUAAAUGAAUUUAAUAUGCCUCAUUUAAAAACAUGGAAAAUUAAUAUACACACAAAUACGUAUACACCACCUAUAUUUUUAUCUGAUUUUUGGUUAAUUGAAAGUGAUUAUUAUGUGUUAGAUAAAGUGUUACUAAAAGAUAAAGAUAAAAGAACUAACUACAUUUCUAUAUAUGAUCCAUAUAGGAUAAGAAAAAAAAUAAAGGAUGUAGAUUCCUUUUUAAUAAUAGAAAAAAAUAUGGAUGAAAAUAAAUUACUAAACAUAGAAAUAAAUUAUGGUACUUGUAGUUUUAUGUAUUAUAUGUUUAUAAAACAAAUGGAUACAUCUAUCCGAAUAAUGGAUAGGAAUAAUAACAAAACAUUUUCCUUUCAAAACUUGACUAACGCAACUGCCAAUAAAGAAAUAAAUAUGAUGAAAAAAAUAUUAAUGACAACUAAUAUAUAUAUGUUAAUCUUUUCAGCUAUAUUUAUAUUACUACAUUCUAUAUUCUCUUUUUUUGCAUUCAAGAAUGAUAUGCAAUUCUGGUACCAGAAUGAAUCAAUGGAAGGAUUAUCAGCACUUAGUGUCAUAACGACAUUUGUAUGUGAUAUCAUUUUAGCAUUAUAUUUGUAUGAUUCAGAAAAUACCUCAUGGUUAUUACUAUUUGAAAUGUGUGUAGGUGUUGCAUUAUCAGCAUGGAAAGUAACAAAAGCUGUCCACGUUUCUUUUAGCAAAAAUUAUCCUUUUAUUAUUUUGAAAGAUAAAAAAAAUUAUACCGAAUCUAUGACUAAAAAAUAUGACAAAAUAGCGGUGAAAUAUGUAGGAAUUGUUUUAAUACCAUGUUUUAUUGGAUACGCUAUUUAUUCUCUUUUUUAUUAUAAAUAUAAAUCAUGGUAUUCAUAUAUUAUCUCUGUGUUAGCGGGAACAGUUUAUACCUUUGGUUUUAUCAUGAUGACACCUCAACUUUACAUAAAUUAUAAGUUAAAAUCAGUUGAACAUUUACCAUGGAAAGCGCUUAUAUACAAAUCGUUGAACACCUUUAUUGAUGAUAUUGCUUUCUUUCUAAUUGAUAUGCCAUGGAUGCAUAAGUUAUCAUGCUUCCGUGAUGAUAUCAUAUUUUUAUGUUACAUUUAUCAAAGGUGCAUAUACAAAGUAGAUAAAAACAGAAAUGAAAAACUUUCUCAUGAUCAACCGCAAGGCCAAGGUCAAAUUAGCGGACAGAAUAAUCAGCCAAAACAAGUGGUUGCGUUGCAAAAUGGUAGAAGCGAUAAGAAAAAUGACUAG